CACUAUCUAUAGGAGCAGAGAGGGUGUGCGUGUGUGUGUGCGUCAAAGCAUUGCUUCACGAGAAGAAUAGCAAACAAAAAAUAGAAAGGUACCUGGAUAUUUUUGGCAUAACGAAAAAGUGCAAUAAUUUACGGAUGCAGCUCAAAAUGAAGUUCAUUGGAAGAAUUGCAAGCUACGAUGAUACUGUGAGUGUCAUUACUGACAUCAGUGGAAGCCCUGAAAAACAGAAGAAAAGCAAGAAACAAAUAAAGACAAGAAGUUUAGACGAAGACACUUCUGUCACAAAGAAACCUCUCAUCAGAUCAAAGACGUGUGAUCCAACAGAUGACAAAAAUGAAGCAGAACCAAAUUUGGAGAGGAGGAAAUCAGUGCAAACACCAUCUCCAAAGCAUCUCACUGCCUUUCAGACAUCUUUUCCAGAAGCAGCAGAAGAGGGUCCACUCCUUGAAAGCACACCAUGUGCUCUGCAGAAGGAGGUUCCUUUCCAUGGAAGACUGUUUAUUUCUGAAAGCCACAUCUGCUUUUACAGUCCUGGGAUUCGAAAGGAAAUAAAGGUAACAAUUGCUAUCCCUUCUGUUAUGGUCCUUAAGAAAGCAAAUACCGCCCUGCUGGUGCCAAAUGCGAUAACUGUCAAAACAAGCGCUGGGGAAAAGUACUUGUUUGUCUCUCUGCGGUCAAGAGAACAGACUUUCAAAGUUCUAAAAGCAGUGUGCUCCCACAUACAGGACGGAAGCGCAGGUAGCAGUCCAACAGUGGGAAUCCCACCUGACAGAAGCUCAGAUGGCCUAAAGGAAGCUGUGGAUAUAAGCCAUCGGGAGGUGGAUUCUCACAGCUCCCAGGAAGAGACUGCAUUGAUGAUGAAUCCAGCAGUGAAAAAGAUUGACAACCAAGGUGAUGAAGUGGAUGGACUGCCUGCAAAUAAAAUAACACCCAAUGAUGCUGGGUCGUGGAUCAGAGAGGUGACAGUGAGGAUUAGGUCAUGCUGCGUCUUUCCAGAACGGAAUACUGUGAACCUUUUAAUCUUUGUUUAUCUCUGCCUAGUGCUGAUGCUUCUGCUGUCAUCAGGAUAUAUCGGACUGCGCAUUGUGGCACUGGAACAGCAGCUCACAUCCAUGGGAGCCUGGCCAGAUGUUGACACUGACAGCAGCAUAUAUGCAGAGACAUAGAACAACUGAAUUCCAUAACGCCUGGUACCCGGUGGAAAUAAAUGGAACGUGUAUUAUGUAAAACAACAAUCGCUUCUUGUCAAACAAGUUUUCACAAACCUCAACUGAGAAAACUGAGAAGGAAGAACUGCAGGGCAGUAAGUGAGCAGAGACAUAUAAUGCUUGAAAAGGACAAUUACAUACUCUUUUUACAUUUUUGGCAUUUUCAAGUUGUGCAACAAAAUUGAGUCCGUGUUAAAUGAAUAACUUCAGGCUCUCUACUAAUACAGAAUGUUCUUGGGAUACUGAAAUGAAACUGAAACAUGAGUUGUUGUCACUGAACUGUUUCCAGGUGACUACAAAUCACGAGUAUGAAUACAUUUAUCUAAAGAAUAUUAAAACAGUUUUGCUCCAAAGGAUUCAUCAAUGUUGCAGUAGUGCAAAUGACAGAUCUGGAAAUUCUGUAAAACUGCUGACUCAAAAAUGGUUCUUUCAGUUAGCCAGAAAUCUGCUUGAGAUGGGCAGAUCACAAUCCAGCAUAGUUUGUAUGACAGGAUGCUUCAGGAUUUCAAUGGAUCUGUAGUGUUUCCUAUUUUUCCAAUGGAACUUGGUUUCAGUGGGCUGUCAUAAGAGGUGAAAUAAUCUAUAGCAAAAAUGGAGCAAUUUGUCCGAGCUAAAGGAAACAAGUACACAUGAAUGAAAUGCCAAAUAAAUCUGGGAGCUCUGGAUGCUUAUGUUUUCAUUCUUAAAGUUAUUUAGUAAAGACUGCUCCCUCCCUUAGUAUGUGCUCAGACCUUUCCAGAGGUGUUUCAUUUUGCACUGAAAUCACCAGAAACCUCCUAUGUUUUACUAGGGAUACCCUGCAAAUAAACACACACUAUGUGAAAUAUGCAAGCAAGUAUGUUUUUGAGCAAAGAAGUACAGUUAACAGCACAGACUGUUCGUUUGUGUCUUUCGGCUUUUUCCGGUUAGGGGUCACCACAGCAGAACUCCGGUCCGCUAAUGAUUGGCAGUAGAUUUUUACGUGCUGGCUUGCCGGGCCUAACGCACAACCUUCAAUGAAGGAACACCCAUUCACGCAUGUCGACACACAGAAGACGCUCUAACUGAGAAUCGAACGGGCAACGUCUAAUUGUGAGGCAACAACACUACCGCAGCACCACCACCAGUGCUAACAGCACAGACUGUACACAGUUAUAAAGAACCAGCAGUGCUCGUCUGGACACAAGACUACCUCAUUUUAUAGCCUUAGCUAAACAGAGAACAAUGAUCUGCAAUCUGAAACUUGAACAUUUAUGUAGCAAACUUUGAAGUUUAUGAAUCUCUGGUAUGCAUAUGAAGGUGGCACAAAGGCCUUGUCUAAAAAAGAAAGAUCUGUAUCAUUCUUAAUAAUUUUCAUGAAAUGAAGGACUGACUUUUCCAGAAAUUAUUCUUAUCAGGUAUAUGUUAGAGAGCAGUUUCAAAAGUACUUGAAACAUGAACAAACUGUUUGUAUUGCUAACACUCCACUAAGCAAAGUCCCAACCACAAGAUGUGAUGCCAACAGCUGAGGAAAUGUUCUAUUAAUGUCCAGAGAAUCUCCUGCAGCAAGCUGAAGUUUAUGGUCACGUUUAAUGUAUGUAGGCUAGAAUUUUUUUUAAAAAAGGUUCUCAUAUCAUUGAGGGUAUCUUUGGAUAGGAAAUUACUAAGAAGCUUAAAACAUAAGACUCCUAAGAAGAAUUUUAUCUAUGCCUAAAAUAUUCAGUCUGCUUUGGCUUUGAUGGAGCUUACACGUAGUAAAAAAAAAAACAGAACAGUGCAGUUCUGCCUGUUAGAGACUAUGUUAUAAUUAAUCACCACAAACUAUUUGUUAACUAUUUGUAUGAGACCUCAGUAAUUUUUUUUCGGCCACAAAAUGCAUUGGAUAUCUAUCAGUAAACAAUGCACCGAGACUGUGUGUUCCAGUACCUGUCUGGUCAAAAAACAUUAUCAGUCACCUGAGGUACCUUCCAAAAGUUAACUAUGUGUCCUUUGUUUGUCAUCUUAACAAAGGUAAGAUAAAAUUAGCACUUAAUUUCAAGGUGGGGCUUUAAAAGUUUGACAGUUUCUUAUAACUAAGCACUUUGCUGUAAAUGGUAAUUGUAUUGCUAUGUCUGUCUAACCAGAUUGUACCUUUUGUACUGUUGUUGGCCUUCUUACAAACUGUGUAAGGGAGGUGGCUACCAGGGAAAAUAGCCACAAAUAUAUAUAUAUAGUUAUCUUUCAGUUCACGUCUGUCAAUAUGGUGAUGUAAUGUUUAUCAACUUGUUUUGUUAACUGAUUUCUUAGAAUGCAGCAUAGUAAAUUUUAGUGUAAAGAAAAAUCUAAACUACUGCAAGAUUUUUAUAUUGUAAAGCAAGACCAGCAGCCAUACUUUGGUCUCAAAAUACUCUUAGUUUAAAAAGAGACCGUUGAUAAAAGUAGUAGCUCAAAUAAUUUAUUUUUAUCUUGCAUUGAAGUGUAAGAUGGAUUUCCAGCCUGUUGUGACAUGAGAAUGUGAUAGUAUUUCCAGGUCCUUUCCCAGUGUAUAUUUUAUGGAUUUAGGAACAUUGUUGAGACAGCCUCACACAGUACAAGAGAAGUUAAGGAGAUAUUUAACUUGAAAGUAGUGGCUACGUGGCUAUAAGGUCAUUCUUAUGUUAAGAAUAUGUGCAUCACGAAAACAUACAUAACAUGAAGUACAACAAAAAUGGUCCCUUGCACAAAUUAUUUAGUACUGACAAGUCCAGGCAAUAAUCAGGCAGAUCAAACAUCCAGCAAAACCAAAGGAUUUUAAAGGCACUAAUUUGCUGGCAAAUGUCAGGGUUAUAUAAACAAUGUAUAUGUUUGUGAAAUGGAAUGUAGAGUAGCUGUACUUUUUAAAAGAAAAAAAAAAAGCUUUAUUUUAAUAAACUAUAACUUAUCUAGUCAGGCUUGGGAAAGGCCUUUAGAAAGCCUUAUCCUUUCAUUAUGAAUAUGUGACCAACAAAUGAAGGAUUAUGAAAUGUCAGUAGACAGUCGCCAAGUUCGAAUUUCCAUAUACAUUUCACAAAGCAUCACCUGGGUAAGACUCUCUAGUUGUCAGUGUGCAGAAUUAUGAGAAUUCUUACUUGGUUGCUUACCUACUUUCUAUAAAUGGAUACACAAAUAUGUAUAGAAACAAUCUGCUUUUCUUAUUAACUUCAAGAAGUUGCCUUAUAUAUCAUCUUUCAGAAUACUUAACAGUUGUUAGAAGAACUGUAUACAUAUCUUGUUUUAUAGUAGCUGAUCAGCUUGAAGAAAAUUAGUGACAGUCUUUGCCAAAUCCUUCCAUCACUGAAAGCACCAUCAGAAGGAGGUCAACCUACCCGUAGGUGUUACAACCUAAGACUUGGAUGUAUUUAGUUGGGAUAAUGCAGAACCUCUCCUACAUGCUUGUUUUGGGGUAGUCUCCGCUACUCAAUCAACAUUCCAUGACUAGACCGUUCAGUGAAAUGUCCCUUUACCUGUUCAGUCAGUCUGUCUGUAAGUCAAAGAGGGGCUGCUCUGAUAUCCCAAAUCUAACCCACCACUCUUAUACCUUUAGGAGUACACUCAAACGCAUGCAGAUGUGUUUAUGAUGAAAUGCUUUAACAAGUACGUUAGCAAUAAAUAUUUUAAAAUGUUCUUGAAUGUCCUCAUUUCCACAGAAACUGCACAUUGAACAUUUUGGUUAAGAAGAAUGAUUCUUACAGCACAGAAAUAUGUUAUUAAUAAAAUAAGUUUUAAAUCCAUUACAAGUGAUUGUUUAUGAAUAAACUCUUAAAAUGUUUUACAAAGGCUGAACUAGAGAAAUCUGCUGAUGUUUCUCUAGAAGAAAGCAUCAUUUCACUGAGCUCUGCCAAGUAUCUAAACAGACCACACGUUUUCCUUCCUUUUAACUUGGCACCAUAAUUCAGUGAUGUGACCACAACCAUGUUUUCUGAAUCAAAGAUGUGAGUAGCAGAUAAGAUAAUAUAUGGUCCACUCAGUGGGUGACAAACAAGUUAAUAUUUGCCCCACUCAGUCUGCCAUUUUUAUAUAUACUGGACACAUUGUCAGUCAUAGUAUCCAGCAUACAAAUUUCUCAUUUUGAGAACAGUUUGUCUCAUGCAUUCUUAAAUAUACUUUGAUUUUGAAUUUACUAUAUCUGUAAAACAUCUACGCUGUAUGUCUGUUAUACAUAAUCUCUCUUGAAAAAACACUUCCUCACAUUAUACCUGAAUAUCUACCUCUCAUCUUCAGAUAAUAGCCCCUUACUUCACAUGUGUCUGUUUUUUUAUAAACAUUGCCAUUAUUGUGGACUCUGUUAAUUACCUACAACACAUAAACUUCCCUAACUUUUCUUUUUCUUGAAUACAGAUACUAAGUGUAUGCUUUGUGUGUCAUCACGUGGAAUGUGGUACAGGCUAUGCACUAUUGUGUGUCAUCACAUGGAAUGUGGUACAGGCUGUGCACUAUUUUACAUAUGUAGCUCAGUAUUACUUCUGUCUCAUUUGUCCUUGUGGACAUGGUCUUUUUGGACUUCACACAGAAAGCAGACAGCUCCUCUGUUUAGUGCAACUGUAGCAGUUAUGGUCACCAUCAGACUAUAGCUUUCAACUUCUUUACUCAAGAAUUCUAGACAAAACCAAAAAUAAUAGGUGGGGAAAGGCCCUGAAUCAGGAACAAUGUUUAAAAGUUACUCUCAUUUACUUAAAAAGUUAAUAGAAAAAAAGAUUUUGUAUCACCAUGCAUUUUCUGAACAGUAAAAAGUAUGAAACUGUAAUGUCUGGCAUUUAUAACUGAGUGUAAUCCUUAGUGAGUUACCAGAAAACCAAAAAUGUUAUGCCUAUCAAAAGAAAAAUAUUAGGUAAAAUCAGGGACAGUUGAGAGGCAUCUAUUAGAUCUCUGAUAACAUUAAUUGAAAUAUAUACUUCUGGGCAUUUUAAAUAAAACACAUACAGAUACCAGUGGUUAGUUCUUAUGAAGGAAAGUAUGGAAAAGUGGCAGUCAAAUUCAUUUUUAAUUACUGUGGAUGGAAAGUAGUUUAGUAUGUUCUAAUCUAAAUAUGUUAGGUUUGGUUUAACUGUUAAUUACCUUGGUAGGUACAUAGUGAUGUACUGAGUUUAAAAUGUUCUUGCUAAAUGCAAAAGUAAAAAAAUGAGGUUAGUAUUUGAAAAAAAUGUGAAAAAAAAUCACAGUCUGUAGAAGCCUGAGAGGCUUCAUUCGCUGAGCUUUUGGAAAGUACUUAAUCAUAAGCUGUACAUUAUCUCCUGCAUAUAAUUGACUGAUUUACAUUGGGCAUUAUCAUGAAUUAUACAACGACCCAAAUAUGAAAGUUUUUCUCCAAAGGAUUCAGCUUUUUUUAAAGCUAUUUCGCUAUGUUAAACUCUUUUAACAUAGCGAGAC